AUGUUGGGAGGAGAUAAAGAUGGGAGUAUGAAGAUUAAAAGCAGUGCUCCAUUUCCGUCUCCUGUUGCCAGUAAAGUAACAUCAUUCACUACUAAAGCAAAUGAUUCUGAGCCUGUAAGGAGAAAAUUCUUUAUUGGAAUGGAAAUAUCAUUUGAACAUUUAAAACUGGAGAAAAUUGAAACACUAAGGAGACAAGAUGAUGGAUCACUGAUAAAAGAGCGGAGAAGCAUGCAAUCCUUUAUUCCUGAAGAAGGAACCAAAGCAUUUGACUUCUUUCAGAAAGUUGUGGAUGCAACUGAAACAUGGUUCAGCCUCUUCGGGUGGCUCCAAGGGCCCAAUUCAAUCUCUAUACCAGAGAGCGUAAGAAGGGCUGUGCAUAAAAUACUGUUCUUCCAAACAGAACCAUUGCCAAAAAAUGAUAAACAAAAAGAUUUUGCUAAGUAUAAUCGAACUAUUUAUGAUAUGCUGCUUAACUUGAGUGGAAAACUGCUACCUGGAGUUAAUUCAACCCAGUCUCUACCUGUGGAUAAAACUGAACGAUUGAUGCAACUGCAUUUGCAGCACACGUCACUUCUCAAUUUUCUUAAUACACAAGGGGCCUGUAUUGCUCAUGUAUUACCAGAAUUUCUGCUAGAACCAGAAGAUUAUAAGAAAUGGAUUGAAAUUGCAUCUUCUGAUACAAGGCCAUCAACUUCUGGUGCACCUAAAGAGAAGAACCGUCUUAUUAUAGAUAUCACUGACUUUGAAGCCUUGAGUAAACGGGCCUGGACAGAUGUACUACUCCAGAUAUACAAGGUGUUGAUUUUAUCUCGAGUUGCCCCACACAGUCCCAAAGCUACACCUGGUAUACAAGUGCAAAAUGCACCAAAAAUCAACCCUUGUUUUGUAACUAGCAACGUAUAUUCUGCUGCUGAAAGGAUUUUGCUUAGUUGGUUGAAUACAAAUUAUGAGAAUACCCGACAUGCUGUAUGGAAGAACUGUCGUACAGGUGUCAUCCCACCUGAGAAAUGGAUAGUGAAUUUUGAUAAAGAUCUUUUAGAUGGCCUUGUUUUGGCAGCACAGAUGGCAGCCUACUGCCCAUUUUUGAUUGAUUCUCAUUUUAUAUACAUGUACACACAACCAAAGGGCCCUGAACAACAUCUGCACAAUUGUCUGGUUGUUGUAAAUGCCUUUCGUGACAUUGGAUUCAACAUGGACACACAAGCAUAUGACAUCUGCCAUCCAAACCCGGUUUUGAUGCUCAUGCUUUGUGUCUACAUGCAUGAGCGGCUUCCAGCCUACCUUCCCAGGAAGGUAGUGCUCUUUCCUUGUACACUGCAUGAGACUGUAACCAAACAGAUUCUUCUGAAAAAUCCAAGCACUAAACGGCUGGUAUAUAGAACCUUCAUAGUUGGUAGAGAUGCUACCGACUUUGCACUCUUUAAAACUGGGAAGGUCGUCACCAUUUCUCCUAAGAACCAAAUUAACAUCAUGGUGAAAUUCACCAGCCGAUUUCUAUAUCCCGCUGAGGCUACGCUGCUGUUAAUUUCAAAAUCUAAGCAUGCAGAUGAGGGCACUACUAUGACUUUUGCUCUGAAAGGUGAAGUCCUCAAAUUUGCUGAGGAUUCUGAGGAUGAUGUGUCUAAUGGUGUAGAACCAUUUAAGUUUAUCCUAUAUAGAUUUCUUUCAGCUGUUGGAUAG